AAACACCGCCCCCACCCAAACCCAGGGUCCGCUAGUUCUGCUGGAGUUGGUGUUAGAGAUGUUUGGGCGAUGGUUUUAGAGGGAAUUAGCGGCAUAAUUGUUAAAUACAAUGAAAUCCCGUGUUUGGUGUUUUUAAGAGGAGCAGCAGAAGACUGAGUUUGGACCACAUGAAACCGAAAGUAAACGCAGUAAUAAGCUGAUGAGAAGAUGAACCCCCUGCCAGGCACCGUGCACGCCAACAUCAAUGCUCAGGGUCAAUCAAAAGCGUUUGUUCCCACGAUUGUUGGAAAUGUGAUUAACGGUCCAGUCACCAUCACUUCUGUCACAAAAUGCCAAGGCAACCUAUGUGAAAGCUCCAUCAGACCUUCAGCAAACAUAACAUCAGAAAUCCCUGAUGCCUGUGUUGGUUCCACUCCAGUCCAACAUGUUCCUGCCAGCUCUAUCACACAAAGUAAAUGUGAUUAUACAGAUGUAAGCCACAAGCUAAAAGACAGUCUGAAGGAAGAAUUUGAGCGCAUACUUGAUGGGAAUUCACUGACUGGCCACAGAAGAUACCUGAAUGAAGUCUACACAGAGCUCUACAUAGUGGAGAAUGAAACUGGUGGAGUUAUUCAGGGGCACGAGGUGAGGCAGAUGGAAGCAGUCUCCAACAGACCUGCGAGGAAGGAUGUUCCAAUCGAGUGCAAUAAUAUUUUUAAAGUUCAAGCUGAUGGGAAAAGAAACAAAAAAGUACUAACCAUGGGGAUUGCAGGAGUGGGCAAAACCGUCUCCGUCAACAAAUUUAUACUGGACUGGUCUGAGGGAAAUGACAACAAGGACAUUGUCUUUAUUUUUCCUCUUCCCUUUCGUGAACUGAACCUUAGGAAUGACGAGAACCUUAAGAAAGACGAGAAGCUCAGUUUAUUAGAACUCCUACAGGAGUGUCUUCCAGGUUCUACUAAGGUUGACUCUCUUCCUCAGGGUAAAGGUAAAGUCUUGUUCAUUUUCGAUGGACUGGAUGAAUGUCGCUUUCGUUUGUACUUUGAUGACAGUGAAAAGCUUAAGGAUGUAAACCAGAAAGCAUCAGUGGGCGCAAUCAUCACAAACCUCAUCAGGAGAGAUCUCCUUCCUUCGGCUCUAGUUUGGAUAACCUCUCGACCAGCUGCAGCCCAUCAGAUCCCCCGAGAUCACAUUGACCAGGUGACAGAAGUGAGAGGAUUCAAUGACAAUCAAAAGGAAGAAUACUUCAAAAAAUACUGUGGCACAGAUGUUGGGAGUACAAUAUUCACUCACAUCAGAAAGUCCAGAAGCCUCUACAUCAUGUGCCACAUUCCGGUCUUCUGUUGGAUCUCGGCCACAGCACUUCAUUCGCUAUCCCAAGAGGAAGAUUCGAAGACCCCCACAACUCUCACUGGAAUGUAUAUACACUUCCUAGUUCAGCAGGCAAACCAGGUGAAAAAGAAAUACGGUGGCUCACCUCAAGACAUCAUACUGAAGCUUGCAGGACUUGCAUUUUACCAGCUGGAAAAGGGAAACCUGAUAUUCUACAAGGAGGACCUUGAAGCAUGUGGGAUUGAUGUCAAUGAAGGGUCUGUCUACUCUGGACUGUGCACUCAGAUCUUUAAAAUGGAAAAGAGGUCCUCUGAACGAAUGGUGUUCAGCUUUGUACAUCUGAGCGUUCAGGAAGCCCUCGCCGCCAUCUAUGUGUUUUACUGUCACAAACAUUACAAAAAGAAUGUGUUCAUUCAGGACCUUAAAUGCAAGUUUAAGUGGCUCUUGAGACGUUCCAGCUACAAACUUCACAAAGGUGCGGUAGAAAGGGCUUUACAGAGUAAGAACGGGCACCUGGACCUCUUCCUCCGCUUCCUGCUUGGACUUUCAGUGAAGUCCAAUGAAAGAAGCCUGGAGGAACUCCUCCCUGGACUGAGGAGAACAUCUGGGAGAGUGCAGAAAACGAUCAACUAUAUCAAGGACAAAAUUAGGUUGUCUGAAUCAUCAGAGAGGACCUUCAAUCUCUUCCACUGUCUGAGCGAACUGGAAGAUGAUUCCAUUAUAAGUGAGGUCCAGAACUUCCUGAACUCAGGAGAUAUGUCAACGAUGGAACUCUCAUCCACACAGUGGUCGGCUCUGGUGUUUGUGCUGCUGAUGUCAGAUAAAACACAGGAGAUGUUUGAGCUGAGGAAAUACAGGGAAUCAGAUGAAGGACUGAGGAGACUGCUACCAGUGGUGAAGAACUCAAAAAGAGCACUGCUGGACUACUGUAAUAUCACUGAGGUGAGCUGUGGAUUACUGGCUUCAGUUCUUGAAUCACACUCUUCAUACCUGAUAGAGCUGGACCUGAUUAACAAUGACCUGCAGGACUCAGGAGUGAAGCAGCUCUCAGAGGGACUGAAGAGUUCGCAGUGUAAACUGCAGAUACUGAAGCUUUCUGGUUGUAUGGUUACAGAAGAAGACUUUUCCUCUCUGGAUUUAGCUCUGAACUCAAACCCCUCACACCUGACAGAGCUGGAUUUGAGCUACAAUCAUCCAGGAGAAUCAGGAACGAGAAAACUGCGUGAAAUACUAGAAAACCUGAAUUUCAAAUUGGAGAUCCUCAAGACUGAAUAUGGAGGAGAGAAGAGGAUCAAAAAAGGACUGCUGAAAUAUGCCUGUAAACUCACACUGGAUCCAAAUACUGCACAUGUAGAUCUGUCAGUGUCUGAAAGGAACAGGACGGUGAAAUGGACAAAAGCGGUGAAAGAAAAUCCACAGUCUCCAGAUCAUCCUGAGCGUUUCGAUACCUGGUGCCAGGUUCUGUGCAGAGAGAGCCUGUCUGGACGCUGUUACUGGGAGGUGCAGUGGAGUGAUAUGGGCGUUCAUAUUGGAGUGACGUACAGAGGAAUCGGCAGGAAAGGUGGAGGUAACGAGUGCUGGUUCGGUCAGAACGAUCAGUCGUGGAGUCUGGACUGCACGAAGGUGAACUACACAGCCAGACAUAACAGCGCUAAGACCGUUAUUUCAGCUGAAGGUCGCUGCUCCUAUAAGAUUGGAGUUUACCUGGACUGUUCGGCUGGAAGACUUUCCUUCUACGACGUCUCGUCCAACAAUGAACAGCAGAAACUUGCUCACCUCCACACGUUUAACGCCACGUUCACCGAACCUCUCUACACUGGAUUUAUGCUGAUCGAUGCUACUGUUACUCUGUGUGAACUGGACUAGACUUCAAUUUGUUUAAUUUAUGGGAGUCUAGGGCAACAACUCAAUGCAUUUAGGCAUGUAGACAUGGCCAAGACAAUCUGCUGCAAUUCAAACCAUCAGAGCAUCAGAAUGGAGAAGAAAGGUGAUUUAAGAGACUUUGAACAUGGCAUGGUUGUUGAUGCCAGACGGGCUGAUCUGAGUAUUUCAGAAACAGCUGAUCUAUUGGGAUCAACCGAGGUCUGCAGAAGAAGAGCAUCUCUGAACAUCAGCACAACACGUCCAACCUUGAGGCGGAUGAUGAGCUACAGCAGCAGAAGACCAAGAUCACACCCGGUGCAGCUCCUGCAGAUAAGAACAGGAAACUGAGGCUACAAUUCACACAGAAUCACCAAAACUAGACAAUAGAAGAUUGUAGAAGAAAAAUGUUUCCUGGUCUGAUGAGUCUCUGAUGAUUUCUGCUUCUACAUUUGGACGGUAGGGUCAGAAUUUGGCGUCAACAACAUGAAAGCAUGGAUUUAUCCCAUCCUGCCUUGUAUCAACAGCUGGUUCAGACUGGUGGUGGAGGUGUUUAAUGGUGUGGGGGAGAUUUUCCUGCCACAUUUUGGGCCCAUUAGUACCAAUUGAGCAUUUGUAUAGUUGCUGACCAUGACCAUCCCUUAAUGACCACAGUGUACCAUCUUCUGAUGCUACUUCCAGC